AUGCAAAGAAGAAAUUCCAACAUUCCGUCAUUGAAGCUUGUCCGGAGAUUUCCACCACCAUGCUGGACCCAAGAUGAAGCACUUGGAUUGAUCCAAGCCUACCAGAAGAAACGGUACGCCCUCCGUCGUGGGUAUCUUCGCACCGCUGACUGGGAUGCGGUAGCUAAAGAGGUAAUUCGGAUAUGUCCUGGCGUCGUACCAACCAAAACAUCCGCCCAGUGCCGCCACAAGAUGGAGAGAAACUCCGACAAUGUUACCGUGCCGAGAAACGAGCGCUCUCCUUCCUCGACAACGAUGUUCUUGAAACCAAGAAUAGGAGACGAAUUGUUCCUCCAAAGAUAG